AUGCACCGCAGACACGGUUUGGAGCAGGACAAAGAGCAAGAUUUCAAAACCGGUGACAAGAAAAUCAUCAACGGCCCUUUCUGGCACGAGGUCUUCACGGAAACCUAUGAGGACCACGAAGAAGACCCGUCUACUACCACUUCUGAACCCUUACCUUUCUUCGAAGACGAUGUUUCUACUAAUAACGUGACAGCACAGCUUGGCAGUCGCGUUCACUUACACUGUCGAGUUCAUGAUUUGGGGGAGAAGACCUAUUCUAAUGUCGUGGUGGCUCGGAGGUUAAGGAGCCCGCUUCUCAUGCAUGAAGGUGUAGUUUCGAAACCUGCCAAGCACCAAUGUGACUUUUUCCGAGUUAUAUGUACUUGCACACGACAUCACUGGCAUACGGUGAAGAUAUCCUGGGUCCGUCGUCGAGGCGAAGAGCUCCACCUCCUUUCUUUCGGCCGCCACACAUAUUCUGCAGAUUCUCGCUAUUCCCUAGCCUUUGAACAUCCCAACGAUUGGCGUCUUCUAAUCCAGUACGUCAGCGAAAGAGACGAGGGCUUCUACGAAUGCCAGAUCUCUACCCAUCCUCCUCUGGUUAGAAGAGUACAUCUUAGUGUUGUUGUACCAAAAGUUGAGAUCGUGGACGAACGCGGUCGGCCACUACAGGACAAGUUCUACAAAGAAGGCUCUAUCAUAGAGCUUCGCUGUGUGGUCAGCGAAGUGCCUCAGCCAACGCGACAGGUCAACUGGAAGCAUGGCUCAAGGUUGCUCAACUAUGAUACUAAAAGAGGCGGCGUUAGUGUUAAGACGGAGGCGACAUCCAACGGCGCCCUAUCACGUCUCUACAUAGCGAACGCCAACAGAAAUGAUUCAGGGAACUAUACGUGCUCAUUAGCUGACGUCGCCGCGUCCGCUGUGUCAGUGCACGUGUUGAGAGGCGAAAACCCGCUAGCAAUGCAACGGGGAGGCGCGUCAUGCAGUUCCGAUUCAUUGCUGGCUCUAACCAUCGCUUUUAUCAGCUGA